UUUCCAUUUCCGGGAUGAAACCCGACAUAAACAAACACUUUCACCGUGGUGGUUGUUUCUGAAUGCUGACGGUGAUAAACGGGGCUCGGAUGUGCGGUUACCUCCGGUUGGGCUGAGAAGACACGGUUAGCAUGGUGAAGUGUGUCGUGUCCGGGUGUCCGAACCGCGUGCAGGGCGUCAAUCGGGGCAUCUUCAAUCGACCGCAGAAGAGGUUCUUCAACUUCCCCAAAGACCCGACCAGGGUGAAGGUAUGGCUAGCAGCUCUGAGGGAACCAGAUAAGCAGGACUCUGGGGAGCAGCAGUUGAUCUGUGAAGACCACUUCCUGCCAGAGGACAUCUCCAGCAAUGGGAUCAAAAACGAUGCCAUUCCCAUCAUGCCACCCUGCCUAGGUGGACCCAUGGGCAUGAUCAGCCCCUGGGGAGCCGAGCUGUCUGAUGAAGAGGAUCAGUGGGGUGCUGCUGGUGAAGAUGAGGAUGAAGCUGUUGAAGAUGAAGGAGGACAGGAUUUUAAUACAAAGCCUUCUGCACCAGGACCUCUUGCAUCGGUGCCACCAAAACCGGAUCCAGGUGUUCAGAAGGCUUCAGGAGCUAAAACAACCAGUGACCUCCUGCGUCAGAGGAGAGAGAUUCAGAACAGGACAGUCACCAGACAGGAUGUGUCCCUGGGAGUGCUGACGGAACGUUUCCUGGAUCUGUUGCUGAUGGCUCCGGACGGCUGUCUGGACCUCAGGCAGGUGACUAGCGGCCUACAGACCCGCAGACGGCGAGUCUACGACAUCACCAACGUCCUCGAUGGCAUCAAGCUCAUUGAGAAGCAGUCGGCCAACAGGAUCAAGUGGAUAGGAAGCACACCAAUCUCCAGCUUUCUGUGGAGGAACCAGCAGAAGUUUAAGAGAGAGAUGGAGAACCUGAAGCUGGUGGAGGACACGCUGGACACCCUCAUCAAAAGCUGUGCCCAGCAGCUCUUUGACAUGACCGACAACCUGCAAAACUCUGCAUCAGCUUACGUGACUCAAGAUGACAUCAGCCGACUCAAAGCCUUCCAGGAUCAGACAGUGAUCGUCGUCAGAGCUCCGGAGGAAACCAAACUAGAGGUUCCUGCUCCUAAAGAGGACAGCAUCCAGGUCCAUCUGAAGGGAGGGAAGGGUCCCAUCAUGGUGCUGACAUGUGAUAUCGAGACAGGAGAAGCUGCGGCCAGAGAGAAGAGUGGCUGCUUCGUAACACUAAAGGAAAGCCGGAUAAGGACGUCCACGCUACACACAGAAUCCUCAAGUCCAAAGAGUGCCAUGCAGAACUGAUAACCACCAGCUGACCACCAGGAGACGCCAGCUGUCUUCAGUGUUUGGACAGACAGAAAAACAAAACACACAAGGCUACAGAGGUCGCCGGAUGUUGCACAAAAUUUCUGCUGAAACACAGCAAAGAUGGGAAGAUUGCAGAGAUGUACUGACUGUCAUGUGAAGGUUGACCAAGCUGAUACCCGUUUCAGCAGCUAAAACACACCAAAACCGUGACAAGGGAGCAGUGUUUAUAGAUUUAUCAUUUGCACCGUUUUUUUAGCUUUGAGGGAAAGAAGUCAUGUAAAGAAUGAAGGCGUGAGUGAUGUUAGUUUGACCUGGAUGCUUGCAGCUUUAUUUUUGUAUGAGAGACGAACGGGGGGAGUAAACUGCUGUGCCUCUGUACUGCAGAGAGUUUCUGGAGACCUUGUAUUGUAUAUUAUGGUUUGACUUCCUGAUUUAGGUUUGCUGUAUAAUAUUUUACUUCUGUUUGUAUUUUGUGUUUGUAAGACUCCUUUUGUCUUCUGAAUAUUAAUGUUUUCAUCGUGGUUUGAACAGUUUAAUAAACACACCUCCAAGAUGCUGUAAUCAAUAAAAAAAAUGUUACUCAUAUGAAA